AUGUCCUCCGACCAGCCGCGGGUCGUCGAGAGCAGACCAUCGGCCCUGACGUCCAACCCGGUGCACGAAGCCGAGGACGAAAAGGACCAUGGCACUGUCGAACGUCCGCUGUUGGCCGACCAAGUCCGGGACGUCAUCCGCCUGAUUCAAUGUCGAAAAUGCUCCCGCCCCCUCCAAGAGCCUGUCACGCUGCCAUGCGGCCGAAGCCUGUGCAAACACUGUCUCCCUGAGACGCACACCCGAGAAAACAUAUCCUAUCCCGCCACGCCAAAUAGGUUACAGGGCUUCGAGUGUCCCUAUCAAGAAUGCGGUCGAAAUCAUGCCGUGGGUGAUUGCGGCGUCGAUGUCAUCCUCACCAAGGCAAUCAACAAUUUCAAGACCGAGAUGGAAAAAGCAAGAGAGACCGUCACAACAGCUGAGAUAUCUACGCAUGUUGUUAUACAACGCCCAAGUGCUGGACAGACGGGUACCGACGUCGACGAUGAGACAACAUCCAGAGUUGUCAAAGGAGGGCCUUUGGUCGCCGUUUAUACGCUGGCGGGCUCGGGUGAGUUGGACUACAACUCGAACGUCACAUUUGCGGAAGUAUCUUCGCUCGGAGAUGAAGCAGCCUCCAUCGAUAACAGGACGUUCUCCAAGGUCAAAGAGUCAGUCCGCACAGAGAUGGACUGCCAGGUCUGCUAUGCCUUGUUUUACGAUCCCCUGACGACCGUGUGCGGCCACACUUUCUGCCGGUCGUGUCUUCAUCGAGUCUUGGACCACUCAUCAUACUGUCCUAUCUGUCGACGGGGCUUGUCGGUUAGCCCUUUACUUUACAGGGAAUCAUGCCCUUCGAACGAGCAUCUGAAGACCAUCAUUCAGACUUUCUGGGCCGAUGCCGUCCUUACAAGAGGUGAUGCUUUGGCUGCCGAGGCCCUAAACAGACACCGAGAGUUUGACAUUCCCAUCUUCGUCUGCACCCUGUCAUUUCCUAUGAUGCCGACAUUCCUUCAUGUGUUUGAGCCACGCUAUCGUCUGAUGAUUCGCCGCGCUUUGGAAGGCGACAGAACAUUCGGCAUGGUGUUGCCGCAACGGCCGAGGACUGCCAACGACACACAUUUCGUGGAAUACGGAACGUUGCUGCGCAUCGUAAACGCCGAGUACUUUGCGGACGGCAGAAGUCUCAUUGAAACGACUGGCAUCUCCCGUUUUAGAAUUACGAGGCAUGGGAUUCUGGAUGGAUACCUGGUGGGGAAGAUCGAAAGAGUUGACGAUAUUUCCAUCGCGGAGGAAGAAGACCUAGAGGCAAACGAGACACAGCAAGCCUUGGAGAGGUACGAGAGCGCUGCCACACAUCAGAGCGAAGAUUCAACGACGUCAAGACCACCCAUGACUACCCCUGAAGAUCUUUCAACGAUGCCAACGAGUGAGCUACUGUCUUUGGGCGUCUCAUUUGUUGAGAGGAUGCGACAACAAAGCGUGCCCUGGCUGGCGCAACGAAUGUUGACGAUAUAUGGGGAGUGCCCCAACGAUCCGGCCCUCUUUCCAUGGUGGUUUGCUAGCAUCCUACCUGCCAAGGAAUAUGAGAAGUACAAGCUGCUCGAAACAAGGAGCGUUCGAGAGAGACUCAAGAUCUGCUGCGGCUGGAUCUUGGAGUGGGAGUCAAGCAGUUGGUGA